AGUUUUCAAAAAGAGGAAUUUAAGAAAUGUCCACUGAUUUUUCAACUCACUUUUUUUGUCUUUUUCAUAUUUUUAAAAGGCUUACUAUACUAUAGCAAUGUGUUUUAUGAAAAAAUAAUUACUAGAAUAUUUUAUGUUGUGCGAUUUUUUUCACUGGCUGUGAAAAUAUUCAAUUAUUCUUAAAAAAAAAAGAAAAGCCCCAUAGGACAAUUCCGUGGGCUUCCACGGAGCCAUUCUUGGAUAUGUGCUUUGAAAGGUGGAGGUUAGAUUGUCAGCUUUAGCCGUGAAUUUUUAUGGGGUCCGUCUGUGUCGUGUCGUGAUGAAUUGGAGAAAAAGCCCGAAAAAUCACCCAAAAAAUUAUUUUUUGUUCAAUUUAUAGUGCAAAAACACUAGCGGAAUGCACUGUGCAUGCAAUUGUGUUACUAUCUUGUGAAAUAGUUUGUGUACUGAGAGGGAAUCUGCUGCUGAAGCCAAAAAAAUCACUCACACCUUCAGUCUUUUGUCUCUUUGGGCGUAAAAAAGAGCCCUUCUCCUGCUCCCACUCACCCAUCCAGUCUCCAAAUUCUUCCCGUGGGCGACCAGGCCAGAUACCCCAAGAAAAUUCCACUGAAAUCCAUCUCAGAUAGCCAGAUUUUCUGACAAUUUUGUCUCUGGAGCAAUUCCCUUUGUGUUGCAUCACAAUUGGUGGGAGGUUUGAGCCCCAAAAUCCCAAGUGAAAGUUGUUUUUGGGCGAGAAGGGGCUCAACGGAGCUAAGGUAGGGGAAAAAUUGAGUGAGGAGUGAAGUGUUGGAGCGUCCGGAAGGUGUUUUCUGGGAGUUGGGAAAAAAGUUGUCUCAGGAAAGUUGCAGCAUAAAAAUGGCGUCGAGCAGCUGCUGCGGGACAAAGAAGCAGAAGCUGAACAAUCAGCCUUUUGUGCACCAGAAUGGGCACUCAAUGACCAAUGGACAUAGCAAUGGGGAUGCCCUGAUGGAGAGUAUUGCAUCUCCGGACAUGUGCUUUUUCUGCUUCGAAGUUCUCUACUGUGAACUCAAUAACAUCGAUGGCCCUGCGGAGCCCCAGUUUACAAAUGAAGCCUUCCCAUUAUUUGUGACCUGGAAAAUCGGACGCGACCGCAGGCUCCGGGGAUGCAUAGGAACAUUCAGCGCUAUGCAUUUACACUCAGGUCUCCGAGAAUAUGCAAUAACCAGUGCUCUCAAAGAUUCGAGAUUUUCGCCAAUAACCCGUGAUGAAUUUCCAAGACUGACCGUUUCCGUAUCAAUUCUUCAGGGAUUUGAAGAGGCUCGAGGAUACUUAGACUGGGUGCUCGGUGUUCAUGGUAUACGGAUUGAGUUUAUGAAUGAGCGUGGCUGCAAGCGUACAGCUACGUAUCUGCCCCAAGUGGCAACGGAGCAGGGCUGGGACCAGACCCAGACCAUUGACUCAUUGCUCCGAAAAGGUGGCUACCGGGCUCAGAUCACUCCGGAAAUCCGGCGUAGCAUCAAACUCACGCGCUACCGUUCGCAGGAGGUGCAUAUGACCUACAACGAGUACCGCGAGAUGCUCGAGAGACAAUCACACUACGGAAAAGUGCAAUGCUAACCACGUCCGAACGCCUAGACAUCAACUCUCCAUCGCACAGCAGAGAGGAAGGACUUUUUAGCAUACGCGAGGUAUUUUUUCUUCUUCUCUUUCUUUUUUUGUUGUUGUUUAGGAUCUCUCUGGGCUUCGCAGGAGGAUUAGGAAAACAAAAUAAUUUGCUAUAAAAUUCUAACCUCAAAAAAUAGCAGCAAUCCAAUAUACUUUUGCAAAUUUUUUUCCGGAAGAAAGAGAGAAACAGGAUAAAUUGGAAUAGUAAAGGGGUAUGUUAAGAAAAAGAAAAUUAACAGAUAAAAAUUAAUUAAUUUACUAUUAUAUAGAAACAAACAAAAAAAAAGUAUGGAAUGAUACUAAAAAUUAUAUUUUUUGAAUGUAAAGAGAGAGAAAGAAAGAGAAAUUAACAAAAAAACCGAAUCGAUCUAAGUAUAAAAGAAACUUAUACUAAAAAAAAUUAGAUAUUCUGACAAGUUGAAGAAACAAAUAAACUUACAAUAUUUCACUUAUUAAAACAAAAUGUUAAUGGAAAAAUAGCUGAUAGAAUAAUUUUUCUUCAAAUUGUCCUGCUCGAUUUUUAAUUUAAAAAUACAAAAAAAAUAAUAACCAAACUCACUACCUCCGCGUAGAGGAGACUUAAUAUUAAAAUGAUCAAAAAGAUUAAAUAAAUAAAAUAACGAAAUAGUAAAAAAUAGCAACAAAUAAAUUUCCAAGAAAAUAAUCACACAAAAAAGCGACGCAAUUUAUUUCCAAAAUAUUAUUAAAAGUUAAUAAAUUACUUUUAGGAUCUCGUUCGAUAAUGGUAAAUAAUUAAAAAAAAAUAAUAUGCGAAAAGUCACAAAAAAAAACGAAUAAAAGCGUUUUGCAAAAAAAUGUAAACAGCUCCUGGCUAAAAAAAAGAAUAUUGGGUACCUGAAAAUUUAGCUCUUUUCAAAAACAAGAAAAACCUCUGUAGCCUGAAUUUUCUCAUGAGUUGUUACCACAAAAAAAUGGAUUUUCCCUUCAAUGUGUGAAAAGUAAAUUGUAAAGAGUGUAAUCGUUAGGGCGUAAGUUUAACACGGCGUUGUCAGUAAAUGCGAGGGUGCAAGUAACAUUCGGAGGAAUUGCAAUUGGACCAAGUGAUUUAUUUGAUUGUCUUCCUGAUACUUUAAAUUAAAAAAAAAGAAAACCCUAAAGAAUUUUUUUUUUGAAUAAGAAUACAAGGUGAACACUGGCUUUGCAAAGUUCAAAAAUAAGUUUUAAGAUUUAUUCACAUGAUUAGAAAAAAUCAGUUGAAUUUUGCAAUACAAUAAUAAAUAAUUUUGCAAAUUGAAAAAUACAAAUUGCGAAGUUAUAAAUUUCUGGAAUUCCAAUCCAAAAAAAGAUAUGAAUUAAUUCUGAGAGCUCACUGUUAGAUGGCGACUCCUCAUUUGCAUCGGACAAUACCGAAAAUACCGAUGCCAACUUCAGUGUGCGGCGCCAUCUUAGAAUAAUGACAGCUAAAACAUAAAGAAGUUAAAAAUUUCGUCUUUGGUGCAAGAAAAAAGAUUUCCAAGAAGUUUUAUUGCAUUACUAUACUUUAUUUAAAAGAAACUUGGACAUUAAGUACAUAGAAUUUUUUGGAGUGGUAUCGCAACAAUUAUUUAUCGAAAAGAACAUGCAGAUAUUGUUUUAUACGGACGCACAAAGAUGGUGAUAUUGAUCUGAUAAUGAUGUCUGAUAAAGAACCCUUUGAUGUAUCGAAAAGGUUUUUGGAUGAAAAUUUGUAAGAAUAUCAAUUCGAAUCCACUUCUGGGGAUGUAUCAAAACUGAGGAAGCGGUCCUUCCUAAACUGAAGCCGAACUGUCUAAUGGAUUUUAUCCGGAAGACUCGCUUUCUAAGUACACAAAAUCCUUGAAUAAAGAGGUUUUAAUGGAAAGGAAUGUGAAGAAGUGAAGAAAAAAAUUGAACUUAAUGUGUUAAAUCUUCUGUCAAAGUUAAAGCGUUUGAAAAUGGUUUUGAAUUAGGAUAUGUACCCUACUGAGAAUUAAGAGAAAUCAUUUAAAAAAUAUAUCAGAAAUCCAAGUCUCAUAAAAUCAGAGGAAUUUAAAAAAAAAAACAGAAAUAAAAGGAUUUAGGAUAAAGGGUUUUGAAAAGCUCAAAAAAUUGGUUAAUAUUCCAAUUUUAUUUUUAAAAUCGAGGAUCUAAAAAUAAAAACAGAAAAUUGAAAUGUUGUAAAAGUUUUCAAAACCUAAAAAGUUUUAUAAAAACCAUUGAAAAAGUUUCAUAAAAUCCGAUAAAUAAAAAAAAAACAAAGAAAUUAAGUAUUAGCGGAUCUAAAAACCAGUCG